AUAUCCUACAAUGCAUCACGGUCGCUCACGGAUUCAAGAUGGCGAACAAACGUGUAGCUUACGUUGGCGGUUUAGCUGAAGAAGUAGACGAAAAAGUCCUUCAUGCAGCAUUUAUUCCCUUCGGAGACAUUACAGAUGUACAGAUACCCAUGGACUAUACAACCUCGAAGCAUCGAGGGUUCGGGUUUGUGGAGUUUGAGUUUGCCGAAGAUACAGCGGCCGCCAUUGACAACAUGAAUGAGUCCGAAUUGUUCGGUCGAACAAUCCGCGUAAAUUUAGCAAAACCAAUGAAGAUUAAAGAGGGCUAUAGCAGGGCGGUCUGGAGCGAAGAUUCCUGGUUACAGAAACACGCUGGUCAAACUCUAGAGGAAAAAGAUUCAACGGAAACUAGCGGAGAAACCGACGAAGCCAUGGAAACUCAACCUGUUUCGCGUAAAAGGGUUAACCCACGUGUGUUCUUUGAUAUCACUAUUGGCGAAAGAAGUGCAGGUCGCAUUGUGAUGGAGCUGCGAUCGGACGUAGUUCCUAUGACUGCUGAGAACUUUCGCUGCCUUUGUACUCAUGAGAAAGGGUUUGGUUACAAGGGAAGCUCAUUUCAUCGGAUUAUUCCUCAGUUUAUGUGCCAAGGAGGAGAUUUUACCAAACAUAACGGCACUGGUGGGAAAUCAAUAUAUGGAGCCAAGUUUGAAGACGAGAAUUUUGUACUGAAGCACAAUGGAGCUGGGGUUUUGUCUAUGGCUAAUUCUGGGCCAAAUACCAAUGGAUCUCAGUUCUUUUUGACAACAGAGAAGACUGAUUGGUUGGAUGGGAAACAUGUAGUGUUUGGUAACGUGAUUGACGGGUUUGAUGUUGUGCGGAAGAUGGAGGCGGUAGGAUCGCAGUCGGGGAAAGCCAGCAAAAAGGUUGUGAUUGAUGACUGUGGAGAACUCUCUUGAUUGGUCAAUAACUCAUGACUGCUUGAAAGUAUUGUAGACUCUGUACAUAAUAUGGUAUAAACAUGGGAUUCUCUUACUGUGUAGAGUUGAUGGUGUGACCUCUUUGAAUGAAACUAAACACCAUGAACAACACAGAUAGAAAAACUAAGACCAUAUACUUUUGUACAACUGCUUUGUAUAUAGAGAUUACUGAGCGAUAUUCUGACAUAAGUGCAUGAUUUGUAAAAAUUUUUGUGGCUAGCUAAAAUCUAUCCAUUAUCCACAUAUCAUUAUCUUGAGUGAAUCUGUUUAAUGUUUAAAAAUACUCUGAAGAUUUGGGUGUUUGUCAAACAAAUUUGCUGCAUAAAAUCCUCUGAGUCAGUUUGGAUGAAUUCUAACACAGCUGUAUUCCACUCACACUUUGAGUUCAAAUGAUUUAUAAUUUUUUUUCAAUACCUGCACCCGCUUUUACAUUCGCCUGUAUUUCAUUGUUUUCUUGCUUGUUUUUUGAUACCUUCAAACGCAAAGUUCAGUGACACGUUGCAAAGCUUAAUUGAGGUGCAAAUAUAUUCAUUUCCUACAAAAACUUGCCCUGCUAAUGCGUCAAUGACAAGUUUGGACUUUUCAAGAAUAUUGUUUACAUGCAUGACACAAAUUGUACAACAGUAGUUGUGGGUAUUCAAGCUUUUUGUCUGAAAAAAGUACUUUUCGAACAGUUCAAUUCAAUCAGUAAUAAAAUCAAUUUUUGUCUCUAUUACAAUCGCCAACAUCUAUUGGAUAUGCUUCAAGUACCACUUAUCGACCCUUUUUUACUUUUAAAUUUGAUACCGUUCAUUAUUAUGUAGCUUUUAUAGAACAAGCUUACUGAAAAACAACCUAUUUAGAAAUAUUUAUAAAGUUUUAUUAAACUUUUAUUAUGAUAAA